AAGCCCCUUAUCCCUAAGAUGGCAGACCUACCCCUAGCAAGAUUGAGGCUUCAAAAGCCUGCCUUUUUCAGCACUGGCAUGGACUGCUUUGGACCGUUUCAGGUUAAGAUAGGUAGGCGUUGUGAGAAGAGAUGGGGCAUUAUCUUUAAGUGUCUCACUACCCGAUGUGUGCAUUUGGAUGUUCUCAAUAGUAUUGACACAGAUUCCUUCCUAAUGGCACUCCGAAGGUUCAUAGCUCGAAGGGGCACACCCUACGAGCUACUGUCUGACCAAGGCACAAAUUUCCAUGGUGGAGAGAGGGAGUUAAGAGAAACAUUUUCCACCCUUAGUUCAGAGCUUCAGAAAUUGCUUGCAAAGCAAAAAAUCAAUUUCCGCUUUAACCCACCAGGAGCACCACAUUUUGGUGGCGCAUGGGAGAGAGAAAUUCGGUCUGUGAAGCAGGCCCUUUACACUACAAUAGGUUCACAGUCGGUGUCUGAAGAAGUACUUAAAACCGUUCUCAUCGAAAUAGAGGGAAUCUUGAACAGUAAGCCUCUGGGGUAUGUGUCAUCAAACAUUGCCGACUUGGACCCAGUUACACCUAAUUUCCUGCUGAUGGGGCGGCCUGAUAGUUCUCUACCACAGGUUGUCUAUCCCGUAAAUGAGCUGAUGGGGCGGCGGAGAUGGAGACAGAGUCAAGUGCUUACUGAACAAUUCUGGUCAAGUUUUGUCAAAUACUAUCUACCCAGUUUACAGGCCAGACAGAAGUGGCAUAAGGAGCCUCAAAACCUACGAGAAGGAAUGGUGGUCAUGCUCGUUGAUCCUCAGCUUCCUCGAGCACUUUGGUUAAUAGGCCGAAUUGUUAGAACCUUCCCCAGCCCAGAUGGUCAUGUAAGAGCUGUAGAGGUGAAGGUGAAGGAUAGACUCUAUACUAGGCCUGUUGCUCGUCUUAUUCCCCUUCCGGACAUUGAACAUCAGGACUCUGAUACUAAUAAAUCAUAAGUUUAAUAUUUUUUUUUCUCUCUGUUUGAAAUAAAUAGCAAAUAUGCAUAGCAUAUUUGGGGGUGGCAAUGUUAGAGAGAUAUUAAUUAUAAAGAGACACGGAUCACAUUAAAAGGUGCACCUCCCAGCAGGCACGAGAGUGUCUAUUAUGGGAUG